GAGAUGAAAACCGAGCUGUUUAAACGUGGCUUAUACAAUGUGAUUCUGGUUGAUUGGACAUGGGGAAAUGGACCCGAUUACCUUCCAAGUGCUGAAAAUACGAAGACUGUAGGAAAACACGCUGCCUAUGUCAUUAAAAACAUAAUGAAACAAAUAGGAGUUGGUCCAGAAGCGUUUCACCUGGUUGGUCAUAGUCUAGGAGCACACAUUGCUGGGUUUGUUGGAAAAAGCGUGAAACAAUUGAGACGAAUAACAGCCCUAGAUCCAGCUUUGAGUCCUUUUCAAAAUAAAUCUAAGCUUGAGCGAUUAGAUGUAUCUGAUGCUAACUUAGUUGAUGUCAUUCAUACAAAUGGUGGUUCUGAAGUUGGAGAUGUAAUUGGAGAUAUUAAUCCAUUGGGACAUGCAGAUUUCUAUCCAAAUGGAGGAACAAAUCAACACAGUUGUCGACACUACAUUUUAAAAUCCUAUUUAGCUCUCGAUUUCUUAUAUGCAACUAUAUCUUUAGUUCCAAGAAUCUGCAGUCAUAUGCAUGCAGUGCAGUAUUAUAAAGCCUCAAUUAAUCCUAACAAAUGUGAAAUGGUUGGUGUUCUUUGUCCUGAUUAUGAGAGCUUUUUAUCAGGAGAAUGUGACUGUCAUCAGCAUUUCAAGAAUUGUGCUGUCAUGGGAAUGAAUUAUGAACAGUACAUCAAGAUGAACAAUGAAUCAUUAACAGACACUAUUGAUGGAUUUCGAAAGUUCUAUUUAAACACAACCAUAGCAUAUCCAUAUUGUGAUUACAGUAAUGAUUUUAGAAAUGUCUCAACUUCUUAGAGACGAAAUGCAUAUUUCUUCUUUUAAAGCACUACAGCCUGCUACAGGCCAAGACUAUCCCAAGUUGUCUUUGUGAUUUGGCAGCAAGGCUCUUCCAGUUUUUCAUAUUUGCUACAUGAAGGAAAUUAAUAUUUAUUGCAACAAGACUUUCAGAAUGACAUGAAACAUUGAGUAUCUUUUUUUAUCGAGUUAUGCCAUAUUCCUUUUUACAAAGGAAAAGACACUUAUAUACCAUGAAAUUUUACCGUUUUAGUAGCUUGUUAUAAAUAGUUACUAUUACUUGUAUGGCAAUUGCUAGUAGUCAGUACCAAGUAACUUCAAAAAAAGAAGUAGCUUGUAGUAUUUAGCUACUAUUGCUUGUUUAGCAAAUAAUAGUUGUUAUUAACAAGUACCUUCAAAGAAAAAAGUAGCUUGUAGCUACUAUUACUUGUAUAGGAAUUACAACAUACAUUACAACAAGAAGCAUUAAAAAAGAAUCCUUGUAAAAUGUGUUUUGACUAAGUAUUUGUUUGUCUCUAGAACAAUAGUUUACAACAUUGUAUAUUUAAAAUAUUUGUACUUCAAAAUGUAAUAUUUUCACUUGUAAUAUAGAAUAUUGCAUAUUGGCUUAAGUGUUGGAAAGGAAACUGCACAAAUCUUAUUAAAUUAAUUGUACCAAGGAAAUUGAAAAAAAAGAAGUUAAUAAUUAACUUAUAAAUAUGCAUUGAAAGUUAGAUUAGUCAAUGAAAUUCAAGUAGCACGUCAGUACGUCUUACGCUAAAUAAGUAGCUAACAUUACAUCGCAUUCACAUAAAGUCAACGCUGCGUGCUUGAAGCACCUUUCACCACAUUGACCGCUGCCUCUAUCUCUAUGUUUGAGGCUUCCGUAUCUUGGAAACUAUCCAUUAUUGAACGUUGCGUAAAUGAGAAUUUUUUCUCAGAAUAUUUUGAAGAACAACAUAUUAAAUUUUCUGCCUAUUUGACAAAGAAUUCAUUUCCAUAAGAUUUGUACGGGGUCCUUUUACACUUUUAAAUUAUAUAUAUGAAUAAAUUCACUAUACAUAUCGAUGAAUAUCGAUAUACUUCAAUGUCCAGAUUUGAACAGCUUCUUUGUUUUGUGAAUAUAUGAUACAAUGCAAUGUGUACAGAUUAAUAACUUCAACCUAUUAUGAUUAUGUAGUAUUCCGUAUAAUAUGAUAUAAUAUGAAAUCUGUAUAUAAUUCAUUCUGUAUAAUAUGAAUAACAUCAUUGUAUUGUGAAUAUAUGAUGAACUGGACGGUGUAUAUAAGAAUAACUUAUUUCUAUUGUAAAUAUAUGUCACAACUGCACUAGGUAUAUAUGAAUAAGCUCACACUCUUGUUAAUAUGUGACACACUACAUUGUGCAUAUUAAGAAUAACUUAUAUGCGUUGUGAAUACAUGGUAAUAGUUUCUCUGUAUUAUUACUGCUGUGUACUUUUAAAUAAAAUUUCAAAAUAA